AUGGCUUCAACACAAACCGCAUUGCCGUUCCUCACGCGCAACUAUUCCAACACACAAACACAAUACCCCCCACCCAACGGUCCCUGGCCCAGUCGUCGGACGUCACUUUCCAGUUUCCCAGCUUCGAGGUCCCCUUCGUCAAUGUCUAAUACGUCUCGCCCGUCGCGAUCCCCUCAACCGCCUCCCAUUGUCGAGACGGACCGUUCUUCAAACCCGAGCUCCAAGUCCAAGACGCCGUCAACCGGCGUGUCUUCACAACACUCAUCUCUAUCCGCCCCGAGGCGCUACAACCCCGAUGCGCAUCCCCCUCGUAAGCUGCGCUCACAGUACCCUCGUGGGUCCACCGAGAACCAUGUCGAGUACAUUUUGGUCGCUUCUUUCGAUAUCGACCGCGGCCCGGUAAUGGAGCACCAAUAUCCUGUCUCCAUCACCGGCGACGAGCACAUGCUGGCGGAGCUCAUGUUACCCGAUCAGGCCCACGUUCGGAAUCAGGAUUGGACUAUUUUUUUCCUGCACAAGGACACGAGCCAGGAGGAGGAGGACGAGGAACGCAAAGCGAAGGAGGCCAGGAAGAGGAGGAGGAGACGCCUGCGCAACCGAGCUGCUGGGAUUAUUGAUGAAGAUGACGGCAGCGAGGACUUGGACGAUGAAGAGGUGAGGCUGGAUGAUUUGGACGAGCUCGACGACUCCGAGUCGGACGAUGAAGAACCCGAAGGGGGGGAAGGGCCGCCUCUGAUCUAUGUUUUGAACCUGGUCAACACAAAACAGGACAAGACGCCCCUUUUACUGCUGGCCCUUGACGAAUACUUUAAGGCACCGGUUCCCGAGACAUUGGCCUUGUUGUACGAUGCCGUCAACUCCAUGGAUCUGUCUCUCAUGCCAAAACUCAGCCUGCUUGAGAGGCAUUUGCUGUUAGCCAGUGACAACAAAGACUUGUUUGUGGAGAAGUUCGAACAGAUGAUUCAAAUGAGGAUAGCCGAGGACCGCGGAGAGCACCUCGCCGAUUUGUCCUUUGAUUCGAGCCGAGAUUCGCAAAAGCUACCUGGCGUUUCCAGAGCAGGGACAAAAGCUCAUAUUGAGGGGUCGUCACAAUACUCGGUACCCCGCGAUACGCACGAGUUCGAAAGCAAAGUCAUGUACAAGGGCAUCCCGAUUCCUAUCAAGGUUCCUGUUGCCGUCAUGCCCGAAACCGUAGGCGACUUCUCUUUGAUCAAACUCAUCCAGAAAUUUUCUGAGCCGCAGGGCAAAGCGCCACAGCCUUUUCCCCUGCACGCGCAGUUGACAACAAACGGCCCGAAUACACACCCGAUCAUUGUGCUAGUCAACGCAUUACUGACGCAGAAGCGCGUCAUCUUCCUGGGGCACAAUAUGCCUUCGGGCGAGGUUGCGGAGGCAGUCUUGGCGGCAUGCGCCCUGGCAUCCGGCGGUACACUCAGGGGCUUCACCCGGCACGCGUUCCCGUACACCGACCUGACAAAGAUCGAUGAUCUCCUCAACGUGCCUGGGUUCAUCGCGGGUGUCACGAAUCCAACGUUCGAGCUGCAUCCUGAAUGGUGGGACGUCUUGUGCGACUUACCCACGGGACGAGUUAAGAUCAGUAGCAAAAUUGAACCGGCACCCGUGACAGAGGGGAUGGUCUACUUCCAACAACAGAAUCCAGCAUAUGCUGGGCUCGUUGGAGGCGCCUCCAAGGUUGCGGCCGAGAGCGAUCUCACCGGAGACAUAGCCUUCAUGCAAGACAUACUGAGGAGCAUAGCGGCCAGGCAUGGUGAGCGGGUAAUACGCGCCAAAUGGCGAGACUGGGUGAUCAGAUUUACGCGAAUUGCAGCUGCUUUCGAAGAGAGCGUAUAUGGUGCUAGUGCUCUUUACAUUGGUGGCGAUGAGCUGGAGACGGGGCCUGUAGGGGUCAACGGGCAUGGCUACGUGUGGCCCAACGAGCAGGCGAAAUCCAAGGAGCUGGCAGGAAAUGUGACGAGAAUCGAAGGAUGGCGAAACACCAGGAGCUACUACAGCUUCAUCCAGGACCUCGCACUCAUGUAUACGGUAAAGCCGCUCAAAGGUCUGGACUUGCACCACAUGCAUGACCGCCUACGGACGCAGCGGUUGAACCCGAUGCAAAGCAAAGAAAUCUACAUGGCGUUCUCCAAAUACGUCUACUCUUACGAUGAGAUCUGUCUCCUACUGAGCGUGGCGCCCGAAUCGCACGCUGGUUUGUUCUACAUCGCACUUGGCCUCUUUCAUAAAGACCGCGAAGUGCGCGCCAAGACGGCCGAUUUGUUAGAACGCAUCGCCGAGCACGAGGCAGGUCAGCAUUGGUGGAACGCACUCAGCCGGUUCGAGAGACUGGCGUAUAACCGCAUACGCAAGGAGCUGGAUAUGGAGAUGCGAAUGAAGCUCGAAAAGGGGGGCGUAAAUACCGAGGUGGAGAAACGGGUCAGCUAG